AUUGGUGUCUAAACCAACGUUCUUAUGCACAGUAUUGGGGAAUUAUCAUUUACUUUUGCAAAGUCAUACCCAGAAUCAUUUCUACAUAGAAAUGAAGGAAGAAGUGACAAAUACCAAAUCCUUAUCUUCUUUCCUUAAUGGCUGCCGUCCAUAACAAGUCAUGUUACGGUAUCACUGGGGAAAUGAAAGGCCCCCAGCACGAUCAAAACAAAGCACAAUCUUAGUAAGAAUGUUUCAAAAUUUUAGUCCAAUCAUUAAUAAAAAAUGGGAAGCUUCUUUCUAACGUCUUUGAAGUGAUUAGAAUCAUUAACUAAUUUAAUCAUAAAAAGUCUCUUGGUGACAUUCAUAGUCCUUUUUUCCUUUGUUUUUAUUCUUUGCAGUGUUUGUUUGUCAAGUCAUUAAUAUAAAUUUCUUUUUUUUUUUAAUUUCACUUUAGUGAGAAAUAAAGAUAAAUUCAAAACCCUACAUCCAUUUGCCAAAUUCUCCACCUUGAUAAAAAUGCCAAAUUCUCCCAUUCCCCUCUAGAAAUUACUUGUUAGCAAACAAAUUAGCUCUCUCUCUCUCUCUCUCUCUCUCCCCAUGUCAAACUCCAGUAUGCAUCUCAAUUUUUCUGCAACUUCAUCACCCCUGGUUUUUCUCGUCAUAAUCCUUUUGUCAGUUCAAAUUCCAACCUUUUUAUGUCAAGGUAAUGACAGCUAUGUGGUAUGCAGCAAACCAUUUCAGUGCGGAAACCUCCUAAAUGUUAGCUAUCCAUUUUGGGGAGGUGAUAGGCCGGAGUAUUGUGGGUAUCCAGGGAUGGAGUUAACUUGCCAGGGAGAAGAAACCCAGAUUACAAUCCUGUCAAUAAGUUACAAAGUGAUUGAGAUCAACUUGGAUAUACAAGCUUUCACUGUGGCUAGAACAGAUUAUCUGACAAAUCUUUGUCCCCAGAAGCUUGUCAACACCACCUUGGACUUCAGCUUUUUAAGUUAUGCUUGGAAUCUUGAGAACAUAACGUUGUACUAUGGUUGUCUUACGAUUGCCAACCUGUCUUCAGGGUUUCCAAGUCAGUUUAACUGCAGCAACAAUGGAACCGGUGUGAAUUACUAUGUUACUGCAUCUGCUUUUGGCAAUCUUUCAGCUGAAGUAAAAGGGGGCUUGGGAUCUUGUCAAACCAAUGUUAUUGUUCCAGCUUUUUAUACAGCAGUUCAGACAAUAGAGAGCAACCCAACCCCAGAAACAUUAGUUCUACCCCUUGGUAAUGGCUUUGGGCUGAAAUGGGAUGCAAAUAUUGCUUCUCAAUGUGAUAAAUGCAAUGCUUCUGGUGGGAGGUGUGGCUAUAACAACACUUUGGGUCAAUUCACUUGUUACUGCUCAGAUCAUGCUUAUGCAUCAACUUGUCUUCUAUCAGGGUCAUCCAAUGGGAACAUUAAACUAAUCAUAGGAUUAGCAGUGGUUGGGGCUACUAUUAUGGUAUUUUGUGUUGUGGUGUUUAUCUUGAGGCUUAAGAAAGUACCCUUGUCAAGAGGAAUGCUGAUGAAUUUCCAGCAAAUGAAAAAGAACACUGAAAGGAUUGAGGCAUUUAUUAUGAGGUAUGGUUCUGAUCUUGCUCCGCAUCGAUAUUCUUAUUCAGACAUCAAGAAAAUGACCAAGUCAUUCAAAGACAAGCUAGGGGAAGGGGGAUUUGGCACUGUCUACAAAGGAAAAUUACCUGAUGGUCGUCUUGUUGCUGUAAAAGUCCUAAGUGAAACAAAUGGGGGUGGGGAGGAAUUCAUCAAUGAAGUGGCUAGUAUUAGUCGAACCUCUCAUGUCAAUGUAGUGGCUUUUCUAGGUUUCUGUUAUGAGAGCUCAGUGAGAGCUCUAAUGUAUGAAUUCAUGCCCAAUGGAUCUCUGGAUAAGUUCAUCUGUCAUCAAGGAUCCCCGGAUAAAAGUCAUGUACUAGAGCAGAAAACAUUGUUUGAGAUUGCAAUUGGCAUUGCUAGAGGACUAGAAUAUCUGCAUCGAGGUUGUAGCACAAGGAUUUUGCAUUUGGACAUAAAGCCUCAUAACAUCCUUCUAGAUGAGAGCUUUUGUCCCAAGAUUUCGGAUUUCGGUCUUGCUAAGCUAUGUGAGCGGAAGGAGAGCAUCCUUUCAAUGAUAAGUGCUAGAGGAACGAUUGGAUAUAUAGCUCCGGAACUAUUUUGUCGAAACUUUGGAGGAGUCUCAUACAAGUCUGAUGUUUAUAGCUAUGGGAUGAUGGUCCUUGAAAUGGUUGGAGCAAAAGAAAAUGUUCAUAUUGAAGAGUCUCUAACUAGUAAAAUGAAUUUUCCUUUAUGGAUUUAUGAGCAUCUCCAACAAGAAGCUUAUUUCAAUCUUCAAGGAAUCACAGCUGAAGAUGAAGAAAUAACUAAGAAGAUGAUUAUUGUGAGCUUGUGGUGCAUUCAAACUAAUCCAUCGGAUCGACCAUCAAUGACAAAGGUGCUAGAGAUGUUGCAAGGAAGCCUUCAAUCUCUACCAAUUCCACCAAGACCUUUCCUGUUUUCUCCUCAGAGAUCGCCUCCAAACUCCUCAUCAACAGCAUCAUUAUUUGCAUCAUCCACGACCAUGAGUACUGAAUAAUAAGGGAUUAUACAUAUAUAUAUAUAUAUAUAUAUAUAUCAUCACUGUUUGAUAUUGUAUAAAAAUUAAAGAUAUCUCAUGUGUGUCUAGAUGAUAAUUUUCAACCUGUGAUCACAACUAUUAUUAGUGAACUUCUUAAACCAUUUUCUAUAGCAAGUGUAGCUUUUUCGUUUUGUACAUACACUUUUUAUAGACCUAGUGAGUUCCAACCAGUUUCUCAAAACCUUUGCAGAGAUCUUCAUUCUGCUCAGUUACAAUUUCAGUUGUGUUUAUUACUCUCAUUAGUUGUAGUACUGCAUAUUGACAAAAGAUAAUUAAGACUGUGCCUCAUUAUGGCCUUUAAAUGUAGGUUCUAAAUUCAGUUUUCAAAUCUGUUCCCCUCAACUAUAUAAAAGGAAAAAAAAAUGUUGAUAUGUAACAGUAUUAAGUUUUUAAAUGACUUUUCAUGCGGCUAAAAAGUAAACUAGAGUUGAACCGAAGGUUUAACUUAGUUCAUACAAUUACCUUGACCUUAC